AUGAGUUAUAUGAGAGGCCUUCAGGUUUUGAAUGUUUCCAAUAAUCGAUUGUCCGGCCAUAUCCCGGAAUUUCUAGGGUCGUUGAAUCUGUCGAAUUUGAGCCUAUCUUACAAUGAUUUCGAGGGUGCAUUGCCUAUAGGAGGAGUUUUCAAAAGUGUCAUUUCAACUUCAGUUGUUGGAAACAAGAAGCUUUGCGGGGGUCUACCAAAUUUUCAACUACCAAAAUGCGACUGCAAAGAGUCAAGUGGAACUGCAAAAAUCUUGAUAUCCACAGUCUCUGCUCUUGUAGGAGUAGCCUGCAUACUCUCUUUGUUAUACUUCUUUUGGUUUAGAUAUAAUAAGAACGCAUUAGCUUCAAGCUCUUUCGAAAAUGGGCAUUUGCAUGUUUCUUAUCACAGUCUACUGAAAGCGACAGGUGGAUUCUCUUCCACCAAUUUGCUCGGCAUGGGUAGUUUUGGGUCCGUGUAUAGAGGGCUUCUUGAUCAGACUCAAUCGAUCGUGGCCAUCAAGAUUCUUGACCUUACAUAUUACGGAGCUUCCAAGAGCUUCAUAACUGAGUGCGGGGCCUUUAGAAGAAUCCGACACCGUAAUCUCAUGAAGGUACUCACAGCAUGUUCUGGAUUUGAUUUUAAUGGAAAUGAUUUCAAGGCAUUGGUUUAUGAAUUCAUGUCAAAUGGGAGCUUGGAUGAAUGGUUGCCCCCAACUACAUCGCAGUAUAUGGCAAGAAGCAAGUUGAGUCUACUUGGGAGAGUGAAUAUUGCCAUUGAUGUUGCUUGCGCACUAGAUUAUCUCCAUCAUCACUGUGAAACGCCAAUAGUUCACUACGAUCUAAAGCCAAGCAAUGUCCUUCUUGAUGAUGAAAUGACUGCACAUGUAGGUGAUUUCGGGCUAGCCAGAUUCCUUCCAGAAGCAACGCAUAAGUUAUUGGUCGAUCAAUCAAGCUCUGUAGGAGUAAAAGGAUCUUUUGGCUACAUAGCUCCAGAGUAUGGCUCGGGAAGUGCAAUGUCCACAGAGGGAGAUGUGUACAGCUUCGGAGUCUUCAUUUUGGAGAUGUUCACGGGCAAGAGGCCAAUUGAUGACAUGUUUGAAAAUGGGCUGAAACUUCAUUGCUUCGCAAAGGCAGCGCUAGCAAAUCAAGUGGAAAAGGUAAUUGAUCCCAUUCUACUUCAGGAAAACCAAGAGUCCGAGAAAAGACAAAUCAUCGCUCUAGAUGGCAAGGACAAAAGCUGGUUUAGCACUCUAGAGUGUUUGGUUUCGAUCAUUGAAAUAGGAGUGACUUGCUCUUUUGAGUCUCCAAGGGAACGAAUGGAUAUCGUUGAUGCAUUGACUAAACUCCAAGGAAUCAGGAGGAAACUUUUUGAGUUCAUUGUUAUUGCCUAG